GCACUCGCUGGCCUCUCUGGACGCUGUGUGCGAGGGUUUUCGCGGCGUCCAGCGCCGCGCAGAGCCCGCCGAGGGACGGGAGGGAGCCGUGUCUCGCCACGGGCGGAGCGGGCAGGAGCAGAGGAGAGAGCGGGAGCAGGUGUGCCACGGGGAAAGCCAUGCUCUUCCUCUCUCAGGGCUGUGAGCAAAGCCAGAGCCAACGCUGAGAGUGCAGUGAGGGGACAGAGUUGGUGGCCCCCCAGUUCUGCAGGCCGGCUUUGCUGUGCAGCGAGCCCUGGCCCUGCGAGCGUGUGCGCGACCCUCGGCACGGAGGGAGGAUGAGCCGCGGUGCGGGGUGCGAUUCUGGGGACCGUGGUUCCUUCUCUCUCGCGUAUUGCGGUAAAACAUGCUGAGACGACCUGUGGCAGUGUGAAGGAAAAACUAUGGCACAGCUGAUCGGAAGGAGAAGCCUGGCUUGUUUUCUGCUUUUGUUUACUGGCUGUCAUGACUUACAAGGUGAAAACGCGAACAGCCAGCCCUGUUUCUCGGGACACAGGCAUGUGGUGAAGAUGCCUCCGAGAGGCAGAGACCGGGCUUUAUCCUCAGAAGCAUCCUUUUGCCUGUGGGCUCCAUUCCUUCACUAAAGACAAGGGCUGCACAACCUGUAUUAUUAGGUGGCAGCAAGGCAGGCGAACUUCGCCAUGGGGUACGACAGAAGCUGGGUGUUGGUGAAUGAAAGCGACCAUGCCCCGUCCCAGGCUGUCACCGGGGCUCUGGAGACGGGGAACGCCUCGGCCGGGCGGAUGGUGUGGCAGGGCGGGAAUGUCAGCGAGGCGGGCGCCGUGGAGAGCGAGGAGCACGGCGAGGAGCAGAGCUACCGGCACUUCACCACCACCGUGCAGGUUGUCAUCUUUGUGGGCUCUCUGCUGGGUAACAUCAUGGUGCUGUGGUCAACUUGCAGAACAUCGUUACUGAAAUCGGUAACAAACCGGUUCAUUAAGAAUUUGGCCUGCUCGGGGAUCUGUGCCAGCCUGGUCUGUGUGCCUUUUGACAUUGCUCUUAGUGCCAGUCCACACUGCUGCUGGUGGAUCUAUACAAUGCUCUUCUGCAGAAUUGCCAAGUUUCUGCACAAAGUCUUCUGCUCAGUGACCAUCCUUAGUUUUCCAGCCAUUGCUCUUGACAGAUACUACUCUGUUUUAUAUCCUCUGGAAAGAAAAAUAUCUGAUGCAAAAUCCCGAGACCUGGUUAUCUAUAUCUGGGCCCAUGCAAUAGUGGCCAGCAUUCCAGUAUUUGCUGUGACCAAUGUGUCUGAUAUUUAUGCCAUGUCCACUUGCUCUGAAUCUUGGAGUUACUCCCUUGGCCACCUGAUAUAUGUUAUCAUCUACAAUAUCACCACUGUGAUUGUACCAGUGGCUGUGGUAUUUCUCUUUAUGAUUCUUAUUCGCAGAGCACUGAGUGCCAGCCAGAAGAAAAAAGUCAUCAUAGCUGCACUAAGGACCCCUCAGAAUACAGUUUCUAUCCCUUAUGCCUCCCAGCGGGAAGCUGAGCUCCACGUCAUGCUGCUUUCUAUGGUUAUGGUAUUUAUCUUCUGCAGUGUGCCCUACGUGACUCUGGUGAUUUACCGCACCAUACUCAAUAUUUCAGAUAUUUCAGUCUUCUUGCUCCUCACUGCUAUUUGGUUGCCCAAAGUCUCUUUGCUGGCCAACCCUUUGUUAUUUUUAACUGUUAACAAAUCGGUACGGAAGUGCUUGGUGGGGACAAUAGUGCAGCUGCACCGAAGGUUCAGCAGGAGAAACAUUGUCAGCUCGGGUGGCAUUGCAGAUGAUAAUCGGGAGCCCAGUGUCCAUUCAGGAAGCCAGCUUCUGGAGAUGUUUCACAUUGGGCAACAACAAAUCUUCAAGCCUAUGGAAGAUGAGGAGAAUGAGACCAAAUCCAUUGGCUCUAGUGACUUUCAACGGAAAGAAAUUCCUAGCACCAGUUUAGAGCUAGGACAGACUUCAGUUCACAGGUUUAUACCACAGACAAUUGCAGACUCUGCAGGUCAGGUGGCCCCAGCUGUGCCCACAGAGGCUGAUACAGUAAAUGACAAGUAUUCCAUGCAGUUUGGUUUUGGACCCUUUGAGCUGCCUCCACAGUGGCUCUCAGAAAACCGAAACAAUAAGAAGCGACUCCUGCCUCCUUUGGGGAAUACCCCUGAGGAGCUAAUCCAGACAAAACAGCCUAAGUGUAAAGCAGAAAGAAAAGUCAGCAGAAACAAUAAAGUCAGUAUCUUUCCCAAGGUGGAUUCUUAGUAAGAGCAGGAGCUUUAAGUGACAGAGGAAGGUCACUUUCUAUUACAUUUUUGAUCCCAUGGAUCUUUAUUAUGUUGAAAUUUGUUACAACCUGAUUUUUUUUUGCCAAAUAUAAGUUAAAUGAACAAACAAAAGAAAAACAUAUAUACAAGUGUUCCUUAUUAAUAUGAAAUACUUAAUGAAAAUAAUUUAUCAAAUAUAUAUGAAAAUUUGUAGUUUGAUCUCUGAAAUCCCUACAAUGAUACCUUGUUAUUAACUUUCAAAAGUACAUAUGAAUUUGGGAACUAUUUUUAUGGCUGAAUAAUGGAAAUACAGCAGUUGGUUUUAUGGGAAACGUUACAUUGUAUUAAAAUGGACUGGGCAUUAAAGUAACUUAACAGGAAUGGCUGUAGAGAGCAGAAGAUGUGCAGCAUGGUAAGUCCUACUCUCCCACAAACAGACACAGCAAGAUUCUGCACAUUGCAUUAAUGAAGUAGGAUGGACUAUUAUGUGCAUUUGUUUUCUGUUAUGUGCAUUUAUUUGAUCAGUGUUAAAACUUGCUGGAUUUUUUUGCACAAAUUAGUUACCAAGCAUCUGCCAAACAUCUAAAAUAUUUUGAAACCUAAUCCACUGGUUUUUGGCUUAAAACAUCCACAAAGCCAAGAAUACCCAAAUCAUCAUGUGUGUUAAACCCAAGAAAGACCUCUUUUUAUAAAGAUCCCACAUAUAUUCUUGUAGAUUUAAGUAAAAAAUGGAUUGGAGACUAUACAGGACAAAUUCUGACUCCAAUAAACAAAUAUGUAUGUGCUAAGAAUCCUGUGAUAAAGGGCAUAUACAAAAUGUCCUUAAAGUGUAAUGUAUGUAUUAAGUAACUACGGGGUAAGCCUUGAAAUAAACUUAGCUGCUGGUGCACUCUGCUGUUUUCUUAUGGAAAAGCAAGCAAAUGAAAGAAAUGGAUGUGAAAUGCUAGUGGCCUUUCUCUGAGUAUGACAGUCUCGAUUUCUGAGUCUGUCUCACUCUCAUACAGAGAGAGAGAGAGACUCACAGAGAGGGAUUCUGAGUGUUGCAGUGACAGCAGAACUGUUGGGUGAAGAAGCUGGCAACAGACCUAAAAAGGCAAAGUUUAAUUGGUGCUGUUGCUCAAUAUUGCCAGAGGUAGAGAAGUUUUCCUUCUAUCUUCACAGAUACAGAUAUCAACCCUCCAGCUCCACUCAUCUUGCAGAGCAGACCAUCCAGUGUAUGAACACAAGACUUUCAAAUCUGGUGCCUAAUUCCUGAGUGAGUCAGUCAUGCCAACCCUGCUAUCAGCUCAGCAGCCUUUCUCUGAGAGUUCAGGUGUUGUGCUGCAACUUGUCGCUCUGCAUAAUCACAGGCACACUGUCUCAUUUAUACUGAAUGUGAACUUUAAACUCUAGCUGGAUGUUAGGUGACCUAAAACUAUUGCAACCCUGACAUUUUAGCUCUUGUUGAGUUUCAAGCAGUCUUUCAUCUGCACUCACUGUUGUCUCUGUGGGUAGUUUCUUAAAAGCACAAUCUUUGUAACACCUGUUUGUUCCUUGUGGUUUUCCUGUACUUCACUUUGCUGCAUGCUGAACCUUUAUCUGUGAUUACUGUCUGUUUGUGAAAGUAGUUUUCUUUAAAGCAUACUUUAAAAGGGACAAGGUGAAGAAUCUUGUCAAGUUCAAAGAAACUUACUAAAUCCAACCAGUUAAUCUUAAAAGUAAGAAGAAAUUCUGCUAAAGCAGAAUGUACCUUUUCUUCCUUCAACAUUAUUGAAGGAAGUCACCAGCUUCUGAUGGUUCCAAGGUUGUGGAUUUCUACAAGUCAAAAGCAUAUGUUUUAAUA